UGAAGUUGAAGCCCUAGCCUAAUCUCCAUCUUUCUCCUUGGGCGUGAGGUAACUGUCGAGCCCUCUGUUUUCUUUCUUCCAGCCGACCAUCCCCAUCGUCUUCCCCUUUCGGCGAAGAAAACCCACGGCGGUGCUCCCUCCUCACGCGAAGAACAGGUGCGCAGCGACAAAUACUUCCGGUGGUGGUGACCCACGCGACAACGUCCUCUUCCGCAGCGCGUUUGGGCCUCAAGUGGUGCGGCGACCACUGAUUCAUUCCGACUACAUUGAGUUUUGGACACUUUUCCGAUUUCAAGCAGCGUUUACCUAUUCGAAACUAGACUUCGAACCACUCCGAUUUUGUGACUCGCACGGUUUCAACGUUUUCAGCAACGUUUUCCUCUUUCGAUUUAAGCUAGUUCGAAUUCCAUCCAGCAAGCGUUCGGAUCUUUUUGGACAGAAUUCAGUGGCAACGGACUGAUAUCGGACGAGUUCGAACACUUUUCUAGCAAAGUUUCAAGUCUGUUUUGGUGAGUUUUUGGGGCUAAUUUGGAGUCUUCGAGCUAUAAGUCUUAAGGCCAUUUUGAAGGGACAUCUGGGAUUGUCUUAGGAGUGCACUAGGAACUGAGUGGAAGAUGAGUUUAAUAUCACAAAAUGUUGCGGUAAUUAGUAGUAUUGAGAAGGUUACAGGGGAGGAUACUGUUGGCUUGUCAUCUCUGUCGAGAAACAGAGAUGCUAGUGAUGUAGAAAACUCUGUUCUAGAUACUACUAGAGGAAAGAAGAGAAAGAAAGAACACAAAAAAGAAGAUGAGCAACUAGUAAAAGAACAACAAAAGGAAAUGAAGAAGCUCGAAAACUUUCUUUUUGGAUCACUCUAUUCCCCUGUUGAAUUUGGAAAGGAUGAAGAGCGAAAUGGUUUCAGUUCUGAGGAGAAAGUACCUGCUUUGUACAUAAUGGACCGCUCUGCAAAUAAUUCCCUUUCUGCAUACGAAGAGGAUUUUGAGCUCCUAGAUGAGAGUAUGAAUAAGGAGGAACUUCAGCAAAGAAAACCAGUAUGGGUUGAUGAGGAAGAGGAGAAGGCCACAGUCAAUAUUACUAAUGUUAGUAGACUGAGAAAAUUGAGGAAGGAAGGAGAUGAGAAUUUGAUUUCCGGCUCAGAGUACGUGUCAAGACUGAGGGCUCAACAUGCCAAGCUAAACCCAGGCACCGAGUGGGCUCAACUUGAUGCACCAUCCAGGGCUGACAGUGAUGAUGAUGAUCUAUCAUCAGAUGAUGAAAAUGCAGUUGCAUUGGCUGAUGGUUAUGCUAAUGUUGAUUCUAUUGAUGAUAUCCUUCGAACAAGUGAGAAUCUUGUCGUGAAGAGUGGUGCAAAAUUGAUGCCUGGUCUUCUUGGAUACUCAAGACUUGUAGAUGCUAAUGCAGAGGAGCCAUCUAAUGGUCCUAUCAAUUCGGUUCAGUUUCAUCGCAACGCUCAGUUACUCCUAGCCACUGGGUUGGAUCGAAAGCUUAGAUUUUUUCAGAUUGAUGGUAAACGAAAUACCAAAAUUCAGAGCAUUUUUCUUGAGGAUUGCCCCAUACGAAAGGCAUCAUUUUUGCCUGAUGGAUCUCAGGUUAUCAUAGCUGGGAGGAGAAAGUUCUUCUAUAGUCUCGAUCUAGUGAAAGCAAAAGUAGAUAAAAUUGGCCCUCUUGUGGGUAGAGAGGAGAAAAGCCUUGAAGUUUUUGAAGUUUCUCCUGAUUCUAGCACAGUCGCGUUUAUAGGCAAUGAAGGCUAUAUCCUGUUAGUGUCAACCAAAACUAAGGAGCUCAUUGGAACGCUUAAGAUGAAUGGAAGCGUUCGUUCUUUAGCAUUUGCAGAUGAUGGACGACAGCUACUGAGCUCUGGCGGUGACGGGCAGGUCUACCACUGGGAUUUGAGAACAAGAACAUGCAUCCACAAGGCUGUCGACGAAGGUUGCAUCAAUGGUACUGCACUAUGUACCUCUCCAAAUGGAGCAUUGUUUGCAGCUGGUUCUGACAGUGGGAUUGUUAACAUCUACAACAGACAAGAAUUCUUAGGGGGCAAGAAAAAGCCAUUGAAAGCCAUUGAGAAUCUGACCACCAAAGUAGACUUUCUCAAAUUCAAUCAUGAUGCUCAAAUAUUGGCCAUCUGUUCAAGAAUGAAGAAAAGUAGUUUGAAGUUGAUACACGUUCCUUCUUUUACUAUAUUUUCGAACUGGCCCCCACCGAAGAAGAACCUUCAGUACCCUUCCUGUUUGGAUUUCAGUCCUGAAGGAGGUUACAUGGCUGUGGGAAAUGCUGCUGGAAAGGUAUUAUUGUAUAAACUACAUCAUUAUCAGCAUGCAUAGAUUUGAUCUCCAUAUGCUUAAUCAUUGGCUGGAACAGUUUUGAUACCUAAAUUAGUUAUUACAAUCAGCUGUUACUUUAGACAAGUUUACUGUAGAUCACAUGUUGUUUACUAAUUUUCUACUUAUUAAAAACUCUUCUUUCUUGUUAAGAUUAACACUUGACGUUUCAUAAUUUGGUAUGGAGUACUUUCCUCUCAA